CUUAAGCGUAUAUAUUAACUUAUAUGACAUAGACCUGUUUAAAAAGGACAAUAUCUUUCACGUGCAGGAAAGACUGUCUUCACUAUUGCCCGAGAAAGGGGAGACAAGAAAAUAAAGUCAAUGAUUGAAGCCCAUGCGUCCACGACCUGCAACACCAAUGGACUGGCUUAUAUCCUUGGGAGUAUAAAGUACGACAGCUGCCGCCAACAACAAUGCUGUCACGGCAACUGGAGGAACACUGGCUUAGCCUCGGCCUCCUGCGGUACUCACUGCAACACACCAGGUACUCGCUUAGGCACCUGCGUGUUGGUGAACGAGUGCGUGAGGCUGGAACAGGUGUUUCGCGUGACUAAUGCCGCUGGGGAUGUGACCCGGAUCACCAAGUUCCUCGUCGACCAUCGGUGUGAUACCAGGGAGGGCAAUAUUUACGUCUGUUGCCCAAAAGCAUAAUCCGGAAAUGCAUUACUGAAGUUGCAUCCUCGCCAGUGUUGCGAAAGGCUGGAGAUAUCGGUGGUAAUGCUGCCUCUCCUCUUCAGACGAAUUCGUAAAAUUUCAGGUCAAACCGAAUGUGUGUAAGUCACUGAAGUGGCUGAACUGUGUGCGUGGGGAGGGGGGAGGGGGUUUUUAUGUGUGUGUACUGUGUGUAUUGUGUGAGUAUUGUGUGUAUUUUGUGUGUGUGUUUUCCUGUGUAUGUUUGUUUGUGCUUGUGUGUGUGUGUGUGG